AACAAUUCGGCUGCGUGCGUUUCGCAGCGACGAUGAAGGCGAGCUCUUUCGCACGUGCUGUACGCGCAAGAGACCAACUGUCAGAGGUCGUAACGGGGAGACGUGUGUUUAAUCGCAGACUGGGGGCGCAGACACUUAAUAGCGGCGCAGAGGUGCGGAGGGAUGUCAGUUCACAGCGCUCAGGAGGGGAAUGGCAAUGUCAGAAGGGUUAUGAGGAUUGGGACCAGGAAGAGUCAGCUGGCUCGCAUACAAACUGACAGUGUGGCAGGGAAACUGAAAGAACUGUACCCAGAUGUCCACCUCGAAAUAGUUGCCAUGUCCACAGUUGGGGACAAAAUCCUGGAUAAAGCCUUGUCAAAGAUUGGAGAGAAGAGUCUUUUUACAAAGGAGCUGGAGAAUGCUCUGGAAAGGAAUGAGGUGGACCUGGUAGUUCACUCUCUUAAGGACCUGCCUACCUCGCUGCCACCAGGAUUUACUAUUGGAGCUGUGCUCAAGCGUGAAACUCCCUAUGAUGCUGUCAUCCUACACCCAAAGAAAGCAGGACUGACGCUGGACACUCUGCCAGAGGGAAGUGUGAUCGGCACCAGCUCCCUGCGUCGGGCAGCUCAGCUGAAGAGAAGGUUUCCUCACCUCGAGUUCAAAGACAUUAGAGGGAACCUCAACACACGCCUGAAGAAACUGGACGAUCAUGAUGACUAUUCUGCCAUCAUCCUGGCUGCUGCUGGACUGCGUCGCCUGGGGUGGGAAAGCCGGAUUAGCCAGAUCCUGACACCUGACGAUUGUAUGUAUGCAGUCGGACAGGGUGCUCUGGCAGUUGAGGCGAGGGCUGGAGAUGAGGACAUCCUGAAGAUGCUGUCUGUGUUGAACGACACCGACACCGUGUUACGCUGCGUCGCCGAGAGGGCUUUCCUGAGACACCUGGAGGGGGGCUGCAGUGUGCCGGUUGCAAUCCACAGUGAAGUGAAGGAAUCCCAGCUAUAUUUGACUGGAGCUGUAUACAGCCUGGAUGGCUUGGACAGCCUGAAGGAAACCAUGCAGACCAGCUUCACAACAGAGAACCAGGUGGAGGAGAGAGUUCACGUGGGCAUCACGGCCCGUACCGUGUUAACAUCUGCCCAGGAUGCCGCUGAGAAGCUGGGGACAGACCUAGCAGCACUGCUACUCCAUAAAGGAGCCAAGAAAAUCUUAUCUGUGGCCAGGCAGCUCAAUAAUGCCCGUUAAAAUUCCUAAAGCUCUCAUGGAGAGGAACAGCAUGACACUGCAACCUGCAGGAAACCGUAACCCAGCUAUACUACAGAUGUGGGAUUGGGAUCCCUCGAGUCCCCGAUGUAUCAAGGUGACAGCAAAUCUGUUGUGUAUUUGUCUUCUCAACCUUGAAGCCUCAGUAGACAUAAGCGGAGAUCUCUCUGGCAUUAUUCUUCAAAGACCCACAGAAUGUUUCUUUUUUUUUCCAUGUUUAUGAAAAAAAGUCAUCUAAGGCUAGAGUACCAACAGUGUGCCAAGAGCAAUAAAAUGUUUUUGACUAUGACUACAAAGAAAAAGUAAAAAUGUAAGGAGAAACAACCUUUUGAAUUUGGUAAUGCUUAUGAACUGAAGGGUAUAAAGUGCUACUCAGGUAUAAUAUGCAGAACGAAUGUAUGAAAUAACCUUUUCUAGUUCUUUGUUCAGGAGAUUGGAAAAUGAGUAAUACUUAAGUCAAAAACUUUUAAUUUACUAUAGAGUUGUCUGCUCAGGAUGUACCAUGAAAACCUUGCAUUUGACCCAGUAUGAGGUGCACAAUUGGCAUCAUAAGUGGUUUACUGAGUAUUCAGUGUUUUGGCAAAGCUGGUGUAAAUAGCACUUUGGAAGAGUUCAUGCAAACUACAAUUAAUACAUUAUCUUGUAUUUUUGGGCAAGUUCAGAUUGUGUCAUAGUUAUAAAUCAAAAUAUUGCUUGAAAGUCAUUGUAUUAGAUGUUUGUACUCUUUUCUUAACUCCUAGCAAAUUAUCUGAAAGUUUUAUGUUGUAAACAAUUCCCCAAAAAUUGAGUUUUAAGUGUUUUUAUAACCCUUAUUGUUGCAUCCUCUGGUAUU